AACGCGCAGCGACCCGGCAGGGCUGGCGCGAACCGCAAGGGAGAGCGCUGAUAACGCCCCCCACCUCCUGCGACUAUAUCUCCCCAAACAGAGCUUGUAUAUCCAGAGAAGGAGCAGGAGCUGGGGCAACCACUACUUUCCCAGGCACCCAAGAUGCGCUCCAUUAGGAAGAGGUGGACGAUCUGCACGAUAAGUCUGCUCCUGAUCUUUUAUAAGACAAAAGAAAUAGCAAGAACUGAGGAGCACCAGGAGACGCAACUCAUCGGAGAUGGUGAACUGUGUUUGAGUCGAUCCCUUGUCAAUAGUUCUGAUAAAAUCAUUCGAAAGGCUGGAUCCUCAAUCUUCCAGCGCUCUGUGGAAGGUUGGAAAAUCAAUUCCUCUUUGGUCCUGGAGAUAAGGAAGAACAUUCUUCGUUUCCUCGAUGCAGAACGAGAUGUCUCAGUGGUCAAGAGUAGUUUUAAGCCUGGUGAUGUCAUCCACUAUGUACUUGACAGGCGCCGAACACUAAAUAUUUCUCAGGAUCUGCAUAGCCUCCUCCCUGAAGUUUCACCAAUGAAAAAUCGCAGAUUUAAGACCUGUGCAGUUGUUGGAAACUCUGGCAUUCUGCUGGAUAGUGAAUGUGGAAAGGAGAUUGACAGUCACGAUUUUGUAAUAAGGUGUAACCUAGCCCCUGUGGUGGAGUUUGCUGCAGAUGUGGGAACUAAAUCAGAUUUUAUUACCAUGAAUCCAUCAGUUGUACAAAGAGCAUUUGGAGGCUUUCGGAAUGAGAGUGACAGAGAAAAAUUUGUGCAUAGACUUUCCAUGCUGAAUGACAGUGUCCUCUGGAUCCCUGCUUUCAUGGUCAAAGGAGGAGAGAAGCACGUGGAGUGGGUUAAUGCAUUAAUCCUUAAGAAUAAACUGAAAGUGCGAACUGCCUAUCCAUCAUUGAGACUUAUUCACGCUGUCAGAGGUUACUGGCUGACAAACAAAGUUCCCAUCAAAAGACCCAGUACAGGUCUCCUCAUGUAUACACUUGCCACAAGAUUCUGUGAUGAAAUUCACCUGUAUGGAUUCUGGCCAUUUCCUAAGGAUUUGAAUGGAAAAGCCGUCAAAUAUCAUUACUAUGAUGACUUAAAAUAUAGGUACUUUUCUAAUGCAAGUCCUCACAGAAUGCCAUUAGAAUUCAAAACAUUAAAUGUGCUCCAUAACAGAGGCGCUCUGAAACUGACAACAGGAAAGUGUGUGAAGCAAUAAAGCACAUUUGAAAACAGACAAACUGAAUAUGCACUUCUUUUCUGAAGAUGCUUCCUAAGAUCUGAAAAUAGGAUCCAAAACAAGACUGGGCUUCAGCAUCCACAAAUUACCUGAAAGGUGAUAAAGGACGUUCAUGAGAAAUCCACUACCAGCUGAGGAAAUACCUGCAAAGUGCUCUAAAAAUUAGAUUAUUUUGUUUUCAAGGGUCCUAGUAAGUGCCACUUCCACGAAGAACACAGUUUGAAUGUAUAAUCAGUAGUGUUUACAAGAUCCGACGAUGCACUUGUCACUCGUCACCGAAACAACGAUGUUCAUCGCAGUGGGGCCGCCACUGCAACCCAAGCACAUGAGAAGAGGAACCCAGGAACAGCGCAGCCCUCGGGGAAAUCAACCCUCCUUGUCAGCAGAGAUGAAGAUGGAAACAGUUUGAGCAGCAAAAUUCAUAAGAUUAAACAACUCAAAUAAAUGCCUUCAGUCGGGACUCUGAGUCUGAUCAUGGAUUUUAUUGUUUCUGUUUUUGUUUUGUCUGGAAUUCCUUUUGGUUUGGGUAAUGGGGUACUUAGAAAUCCUAAGGCAAAUACGAAUGAGAAAAAAAAAACCUUCAAGUAAUCAUGUUUAACGUUCUUAAAUUUUUAAAGAGCAAUCACACAAUUACUUUGUAAAAAAGUUUUAUUUUGCACAACUCUAAACCUCCAGAUUUUUUCCCAGUGGUGUAGAAGGUACCAGCUACACUGUACCAUUAAGUAAUCUUGAGCCAUUCUAAAGGAAAUACAUUUUACGUCACCUGAGACGAUAAUAUUAGCCGAAAUAAUGUACUUUUGGUACCAAAGAUUAUACCGAUGUUUCUACACAACAAACUGUUCUCCUUUUGUGAAAAUAAUAUGUUAAUGUGUUAUUCUACUAAUAUGAAAGUUCCUCUAGACA